GGCGACGCAGGAAGCUAACCUGCAACUCCUGUGUAGUAGAUCAAGCGUCCGUUAAAUGUCUCACUACGUUUUGUUUGGAGUUGUUCUAUUUUACGGGAAAGCGUUGGAUUCGUGUGCUAAAUGCGACUUUUAUUUUUGACGAGCGUGUGCGCGGGUUGGUGUCUUCAGUGAGCCGCAGCGUCCGAUAGCCUAGCGUCCUUAGCUAGUCCGUUAGCUUGCUUGCAUCACAAUAGGUCCAUUUCAAAGAUGAAUUUGGCCAAAAACAGAACUUUGCACCCUCACCUGCGCGACGAGGAAACUCUGCUGGUGGAAAACGCCAUCCGACUGGCGAUAGACUCGAUAAUAAACGUGCUGUACGGUGUCAACAGCUCCAGGACCUACGAGUACCAGCGGAUGGUGACGGACAGGGACAAAGAGAUCCAGCGGCUGGAGUGCAGGCUGAGGGAGAUAGAGCACGAACUGCAGGUGCUCCGUCGACAGGGAUGCACCUGCGGGUUGUUUGGAAACGACCACAGCCUCGCCGGGUCACAGGCUUCCAGUGACCGGCAGAAGGGAGAGCAGGGUGGGUUUGAACCAGCUUGCAUGGACGCUGAGAUGACAGCAGGGCAGCCAGAGAGUGAAAUGAGCAUUCCCUUAGAUCUUUUUGCAAGACCCCCCUCGCAUGUCUCCUCCCAAAGCCAGGAGUCAGUUCUUCCAUCAUCCCCCAGCAGAAUGUGCCUGGACCAGACCUGCGCCUCCCACUCCUCAGAGACUUCAGGUGUAUCAGAGGCAGCCAGAAAUCUGCCUACGUCUCCCAGCAGCCUCGUAGUCAAAGAAGAGCCGUGUGAUAUCGACGCAGUCUUAAUCAAGUGGGAAAUGAGCGAGGAGAGAUUUGGAGAGCAUCAGGAGAGCACAUGCAGUCCAUGUCAGGACAAAGAGAGCCUCAGUGUACAAAAAAAACAGGAGAACAGAGAGAGAAAAAAGCUCAGGGAGAAACCUGAAGCCGACCCGGGUGGACACCAAAUCACAGAGGGAGAACAGCUGAGGAACAAGAAAAGGAGCGUGCCGAUGUCCGAGCUGCCGGAGGAGGCUCAGAGACUGAAGAGAGCAGCCUGGAGAGCUGCCUCCAGGCGGUAUUACGCCCGAAAAAUAGCCCGCCAACAGGCAAACCCCUCACGCUCCGGAACCUUUCCCCACAUUUCAGCGUCUCCAUAUUCACAACCCAUCUCUUUUGAGGAUAAGAGGAGGAGGACGCUGAUAUCCGAGUUACCUGAAGAGUCUCAGACGCUGCAGAGGGAGGCGUGGAGAGCUGCGUCCAGGAGGUACUACGCUCGAAAAAUUGCUCGCCACCAGACCGACCCAUCUGGAGAAACUCAGGGACCUAACAGAGCUGGAUCCCACACCAACAGUGGAGGAAUAAUGUGCAGCUGAUAGAUAGUAGUUACGCUUUUUGAGAUUCUGCAUAUUUAAAACUUUUCAUUACAUUUCGUUAUGUUACGUAGAACACUGGACUAUGUGAAUGUUUGUAUUUUGUUCAUAGUUUCUGGUUGAUUUGUUCUGAUAAUGUUGAGGUUUGUCUCAGGUCUAAUGAAAUUGUGUUUUUCACUUUAAGUGUUUUUUGUGUUUCUUAGUUGACUUAUGCAACUAAUAUUCCUGAGAACAACAACACUGCAUUUACAUCACAUAGGCUGUAAUUUUUCACUGAUUAACUCUGUCCUCAUUACAGUCUUCUUUGGCACACUGCAUGCCUGUACAAAAUGCUAACUGCAUAAAUGUAUUCUGAGGAAAUAUAAGGCUUACCCCUGUAACAGCCACUGUAUCCAUGCAGUGCCCCUGGAGUUCAACGUCUGUAACUACAAUCAAGACAUCUAUAAUGGUCAAAUUAUAAGCUCAACAUCUUUGUCUUAAUAACAGGUGAAGAAUUAUAAUUAAUUCAUUUGAGUUUUGAGUUGUUUUUUUUGUUUUCGUUUUUUACUGGUAAAACCUAAAUGUAUUUUGUUCUUUUUUGGACGUGUUCAGUAAUAAAAACAUUUAA